CCCCGCGCCUGGGGACGCGGCCGCUCCCAGUCAACAGUCCAGCACCUGCGGCGCAGGGCCCGGGAGCCCGUCCUCAGCAGCGGGGGUCUGCUCCCAAGCCUGCUCCACCGCCAAGCCCGCUCCGCCGCGUCCAGGCCAGCCCCGCCUCCCCGCCUCGGCCGCCACGACCGCCGCCGCCCCUGCCAGAGCCGCAGCCGCUUUGCCAAGAUGUCCAAGGUAGCCAAGUACCGCCGGCAGGUGAGCGAGGACCCGGACAUCGACAGCCUGCUGUCCACCCUGUCCCCCGAGGAGAUGGAGGAGCUGGAGAAGGAGCUGGACGUGGCGGACCCCGACCGCAGCCUCCCGGCAGGGCUGCGGCAGCGCAACCAGACGGAGAAGCCGUCCACGGGCGCCUGCAGCCGGGACACCAUGCUCAGCUUCCGCGAAAAGGAGACCAAGAAACUUCUGCAGAGGGAGCUGUCCCUGGAUGAGAGCAAGCCAGCGGAGGCCGCGGCGGACGCCAAAGACGCCGCGGAGAGGGGCGGCGGCGCCGGCAGGAGGGCCCUGGGCCCCCGGCGGGACUCGGACCUGGGGCGGGCGCCCAGGCGGGGGGCCCUGAAGAAAAGCUUCUCCAGAGACCAAGAGGAUUCUGAGGGCCACAGCGCCCAGCAGCCCAGGGAGAAGCUGAUCCGGGGCAUCGACAGGGGCCGGGUGCGGGCCGCCGUGGACAAGACCGAGGCGGGGGGGGACGGCCGGGGGGACGGCCGGGGGGACGGCCGGGCGGCCCCCAGGAAGGAGGAGGAGCUGAGAGGCAGGGACAGGAGCGCCGGGGUGAGCAGGGACAAGGACAAGGACAAGAAGAGAGAGGACGGGAAGGUAAAGGAAGGGGCUGAGCACGCGGAAGCUGGGGGGCAGGAGGGGCAGGAGCCGAGGCCGGCGAGUGGGGGCGGCGACGCGAGAAAGGAGGAGGAGAAAGUCAAGCAGGAGGAGGCCCCCCACCCACGGGGGCCCGUGGAGGAGAGGAAACCGAAGGCAGAGAGGAAGCCGGAGGCGGAGAGGAAGCCGGAGGCGGAGAGGAAGCCGGAGGCUGCCGAGGAGCAGACCCCCCGCGGCCCCGCCAAGCCCCCCGAGGCGCCGGCCCAGGCAGAGGAGGAGGCGGCGCCCAGCAUCUUCGACGAACCCCUGGAGAAAGUGCGGACCAACGACCCCAGCAUGACCGAGGUGAACGUCAACAAUUCCGACUGCAUCACCAACGAGAUCCUGGUGCGCUUCGCCGAGGCCCUGGAGUUCAACACGGUGGUCAAGGUGUUCGCCUUGGCCAACACGCGUGCCGACGACCACGUGGCCUUUGCCAUCGCCAUGAUGCUCAAGGGCAACAAGACCAUCGCCAGCCUCAACCUGGACUCCAACCACAUCACGGGCAAGGGCAUCCUGGCCAUCUUCCGGGCGCUGCUGCAGAACAGCACGCUGACCGAGCUGCGCUUCCAUAACCAGCGGCACAUCUGCGGCGGCAAGACGGAGAUGGAGAUCGCCAGGCUGCUCAAGGAGAACACCACGCUGCUCAAGCUGGGCUACCACUUCGAGCUGGCGGGGCCCCGCAUGACCGUCACCAACCUGCUCAGCCGCAACAUGGACCGGCAGCGCCAGAAGCGCCUGCAGGAGCGGCAGGCGCAGGAGGCCGCCGCGGAGAGGAAGGGGCUGCUGGAGGUGCCCAAGGCGGGGGCGCCGGCCAAGGGCUCGCCCGGCCCCUCUCCCCAGCCCUCACCCAAGGUCUCGCCCAAGAACUCGCCCAAGACGGGGGGCGUCCCGGCCGCCCCGCCUCCCCCGCCGCCGCCCCUGGCCCCACCACUCGCGGUGGAGAGCCUGAGGAGCUCGCUCUCGCCAGCCACGCAGAGGAAGAUGGGGGACAAGGUCCUCCCCGCCCAGGAGAAGAACUCCCGCGACCAGCUGCUGGCCGCCAUCCGCUCCAGCAACCUGAGCCAGCUCAAGAAGUUAACAUUCCCUCUGCACGCGGAGCUGAUGGUCCAGGACAAGCAGAGGCCUAUCCGCACGUCCCUCAGAAGGUGGCAUGCCGGCGGGAUCCAGGAAGGGGGUCCCACCGGGCCCACGGCGCCGCGCCCCCAGGGCCAGGAUUCAGGCCUCUGA